AAGCCUUCUCCACCAUGGACAUCAAGUUGCAAGACGACGAUAUAACGACAGAAAAGCAACUCGAAUCUAUGAAUACCCAUUCACCUCAACCUCAACACAUCUCUAACAAGUUUUCCAUCGAUGAUAUCUUAUCUGGCAGCACAGGAAAUACUACUCACGCUAGUGUCCGCAGCAACAUUACUAACCUUCCCACCUCAGCUAUCUUGCUGAGGGCCGCUGCAAGGGCCAAUCGCAUCAAGGACGAUAACCAUUUCCCAUUUCCAAGGCCUCCAGUAUGUGUAAGGCCUACUCCAGUUGCCUUCCAUCCAGGUCCCCUAUACCCUGCCAGAUCCGAUGCAGCUUCUUUGACGCUGGGUUAUUUGGCACCAGCCUUGGGUCUUGAUUCAGGCACUCAUCUUCAACACCAUCCUCAGGGGGAUGUGGCCCCACAUCAUCCAGCAGGUUCAUCUUUUCCCAACUACGCAGUCACAACAGCAGCCUCUGCGCUCAGCAAUUAUGGCACGUGGUUGGGAAGACCACCAUUCUUCACACUAUCAGCCCCCAAGCCUUCCGGUCGAAGACCUAGGAAGCCCGGUGUAGAGAGGAAGCCUAGGCAAGCCUACAGUGCGAAACAGCUGGAAAGGCUGGAGGCAGAGUUUAAGGUGGAUAAAUACCUAAGCGUAAGCAAAAGAAUGGAACUCUCUGCAGCGUUAAAUUUGACAGAAGUACAAAUCAAAACCUGGUUUCAAAACAGAAGGACGAAAUGGAAAAAACAGCUGACAGCACGAAUGAAAAUUGCACAAAGACAAGGGCUGUGGCCUCCUCACUAUCUUCCAUCUGCGCAUGCUUUUGCGCCUUUCCUCAGUACAUCCUACUGCCAAUUGUCAUCAGCAGCUCUGGGUGACAGCCUCGCUGGAGCCACAGUUGGUGAUAAUGGUGCAACUUCAUCCGAACUUGAUGACAAUAAGUCAUUAGACGACAAGUGAAUGUACUUCUAAUAGUUUACUCACGCAGUUUUAUUGAGAAGAAAAGUACGAACACCGUGUUUUCCAAGCCUUGGCUUAGCUAUGUGAUACGAAUGAUACAAAAGUAUACGUACUCCAAAGUUAGCUUGACUUAAACGUGUUAAAAAAUUUAUAACCAGCUUCAAAAGAAUGAAAAUUAAAAAGCAGAGCUUGAAGACAAUAAUAAAAAUCACUCUGCUAUUUCAUUGUAAAUUACUUCUAGUUCAUUUUGUAAUAAAUACUCAUUGAAUGGAGCAUUGAACAAUAUAAAAAUCAUCAUGUUAAUGUUUCCAACCAUCGUGUCUGA